UGUUUGCAGUGAGGCCUACUUCAGCGCUGUGGCUAAGAUGGGCGACCAGGCCCUUCACACGCUCUCAUCUCGCUCUCUUGGGGAUGUUCUGAUCCAAAUAUCAGAAACACAGAGAAGACUCACCGCAGAAAUGGAAGGAGUGUUUCGAUGGUUCCAGGUAGAGGUGUUGCAAGCAAUGGAGAAGAAUGUUAAGUUGGAUGAGGAGUACAUUGAGGGUAGUCGCAGAGUGUAUGAGCUGGAGGUGAGGAACCAGGCAGAGGCUUUGGAGAAACAGCUCAGACGAGGAGCCUACAGGGACUCUCUG